AUGUCUGUCCUAAAUGAUCUUCACAAACGACUUGACGAACGACAACCGACAAAGGAAAUUGAAGACUGCAUUCACAAAUGUAAAGCAAAAAUCAAGUACGAAACCGACAUAACGCUGAAGAAGGAACUCAAUUCAUUCAUGGAACAGGUCCAGGAGCAAUGUGGCGGAAUGGAAGAAGUGAACGUUGACAAGAGAGACGGUUUGAAGAAGAAGUUGAGCGACAUUUUGGAUGAACUGGAGUCGAGGAAGAAAACUCUGCAAAGGCAAAAAGCUGCAGGUAGUGAUGCUGUUGUAUAUAGUGUUAUACUUUCCGAAGACAGCACGUAUUCGAAGAUGGUCGCAUUGCGUUUGGAGAAAGUAAGUUGUUGGCCAUAA